AUGAGAAUGACGUGGAUAAUUAUACUUAUUUUCCCUCUCAUAUAUUCCUAAUAUGUAUUAUGUUUUCUAAUUAUAAAGAUAGAAGGUUAGAGGGCUUGCUAUUUAAUAGAUAAUAUUAUUAAUAACAAAAAAGAAAGAAUACCAUUAAUCUAUAAUAAUGGAUGGAAUUAAGAACUUAUUAUUAGUACCCCAAAAGGAAAUAGACCAGAACCUUAAAUGAUAAUGAAUAAACAGUAUAUUGAAUAGCAUUUGAGAGCUUUUCAUGAUGGUGCUUCUCUAAUAAUUGUAACAGCAAUCUUAGAUAAUUUUGGAAGAGAUUAUGUAGGAACAAAAAAUGGAUUAUUUGUUGUACCUUAAUAUUAAAUGGAUAUUUUGUUGAAAGCAGCAAACGGUAGUCUUUAGAUAAUAGAGAAAAAUCUAGGUGUUCCAUAAGGAAGAUGGUUAUUCAAAAGACUAAGUAGAAUUGAUAUUCCAAAUCCUUAAAAAUUUAAUUUGAGAAUCCCUAGUGGAAAUGAAGCUGGCAUAAAUAAUUUAUGGAAACCUGGUGGAUUAUUGCCCAAUGGAAUGUUAGAAGCUAUCAUCGAUAUGGUAUAUAUCAUUUAUAUAUCUACAAUUAUAAAUUAUGUAUCAUCUUUUUAUUCUCUACCUUAAUUUAGAUAUUUUGGUCUUAAAAAAUAUGGUGA